AUGCAUGGAUGUUGGAUUAGAGUCACAGCACAUAUAAAAAGACUGGGAGAGAAAAUACGUAUCAGGAAACACGCCAAAGAGGGGCAACUGGGUCCGUUAACCCCUGAAGAACUUCUGCAAGCAGAGUUAUUCUGGAUCAAAGAUGCACAGAAAGGCCCACAUGAUCGCCUGGUAAAGGGCGAGUUCAAAACACUCAGCCCAUUCAUUGAUGACAAAGGAAUUAUUAGAGUCGGAGGACGGCUGGAAAAAGCUAUCAUGUCCUACAAGAUGAAACAGCCUGCCCUGCUCCCGACGACAAAUUGGAUAUCACUCUUAAAAACGCAACACAUACACCAAUUCAGCCAUCCAGGAGUGGUUAAAACAACUGCCAAGACCAGACAACAAUACUGGAUCUUGAAAGCCAAUAAGUUAAGCAAAUCAGUGAAGUCCCGCUGUGUUUCUUUUAAAGAGAUGUCGCAUAAGGCAGAGGAGCAACUGAUGGCUGACCUGCCCGAUAUACAGCUGAUUCCUCAUGCCCCACCAUUCCACUAUACCUCCUGUGACUAUUUCGGACCCUACAACGUCAAGAUUGGAAGAAACAAGCAGACAAAACACAAUGGCGUAAUAUUUACUUGCCUGAACGCGCAAGCAGUUCACCUGGAGUUAGCAGUAGACUUAUCAACAAUAGGAUUCACGCAUUCUUGCAGAGAAUUUUCUCCAUUCGAGGUCAACCAGCGCUCAUACUGA